AUGUGUACAUCUCCAGUGUGUGUUAAUGUGAGGGACCAAAUCGAUCUGACGGCCAAGGAAAAGCAAAUUUUCGAUCGCCUUCUUGAAGUUCUACGCCACUUCAAUCUCCAAACCCAGCUUCGCGUCGCCGGGGGCUGGGUUCGCGAUAAGAUUUUGGGCAAAGAAUGUUAUGAUAUUGACAUUGCACUGGACAAUAUGUUAGGAAAGGAGUUCUGUGAAAAAGUAAACGAGUACUUGUUAUCAACAGGGGAAGAGACACAUGGUAUUGGUGUCAUUCAGUGCAAUCCUGAUCAAUCAAAACAUCUGGAAACAGCAAGGAUGCGCCUUUUGGAUGUAUGGAUUGAUUUUGUCAACUUAAGAUCUGAAGACUAUAGUGAUAAUAGCCGCAUUCCAACUAUGAAAUUUGGCACUGCAGAAGAGGAUGCAUAUCGAAGGGAUUUAACCAUCAAUAGCUUGUUCUACAAUAUCAACACAAGUUCUGUUGAAGAUUUUACUGGAAAAGGCAUUAUGGACUUGAAGUCGGGGAAAAUAGCGACCCCGUUGCCUCCAAAGCAGACGUUUUUGGAUGAUCCCUUACGAGUUCUUCGAGCUAUCCGAUUUGGUGCAAGGUUUGGAUUUAUGCUAGAAGAAGAACUGAAGAUAGCUGCUGCAGAUGAGGAUGUCAAAGCUGCAAUUGCAGAUAAAAUUAGUAGAGAACGUAUCGGUCAUGAAAUUGAUCUCAUGAUAUCUGGCAAUCAUCCUGUGAAAGCAAUGACAUACAUUUCUGAACUGCAAUUGUUCUGGGCUGUGUUUAGUCUUCCUCCUGAGCCAGAGCCUUCAACUUCUGAAGGAUGUGAAAGGCUUUGUGUUACUUGCAUGGAUUCAACAUGGAGACUUUUGCAGUUACUUGAACUCUCCUCAUUAACUGACGACCAUAGAAGGCUCUGCCUGUAUGCUGCUUUAUUUCUUCCCUUUAGGAAGACUAUUUACAAAGACAACAAAGGGAAAAAGAUCCCAGUUGUGAGUUACAUCUUUCGCAACUCUCUCAAGCUGAAGGCUAGUGAUGCUGAAACUGUUCUUAGUUUGCAUCUUGCAGCGGAAAAAUUCGUAUCCUUGAUUCCUUUGAUUCUGUCUAAUGAGGAUAUACAAAUUCUUGAAGUUGACUGGAAAAGAGAAAUUAUUGAUGUCCCCGUUGCUUCAAAACUCAGAAUACUGGCUGGAUUGCUGCUGAGAGAAAUUAAAGAGUUUUGGCGUGCUGCCCUUGUGCUUUCCAUGCUGUUGCAUGGGGCCAAUAGUGGUUGCACUACAAAUUCAUCAAACAAGGAAUAUGAAUUGGACAAGAAAAGAGAAUUAUUUAACAGGAUUGAGAAAGCAAUCUUGGAACUAGGUUUAGAAAAAGUAUGGGAAAUGAAACCAUUGGUGAAUGGAAAGGAUAUAAUGAAUGUCUUGCAGAUCAAAUCAGGGGGACCCGUAGUCAAGGAAUGGCAGCAAAAACUGCUCGAGUGGCAGCUUGCACAUCCCUCUGUGUCUGCAGAGGAAUGCAUUGAUUGGAUGAGGCAAACUCAUUCGAAACGUGCGAGGACAGACUGA